AUGUCCCCACCAACCGACACCCUCCUCGUGGACGUCAAAGUCCUGGGCACCGUCAGCGACGCCGCCAGCAAGGUCCUGACGAAGGAAGCGUGUGCGUUCCUCGCAACGCUCCACCGAACCUUCAACGAGACCCGCCAACAGCUUCUGCAGGCCCGCGUGGUCCGCCAGGCCGAGAUCGACAAGGGAAUCCUGCCCGACUUCCUGCCCGAGACCAAGCACAUCCGUGAUGACCCCACAUGGCGGGGAGCCGAUCCGGCGCCGGGCCUGGUGGACAGAAGGGUCGAGAUCACUGGCCCCACUGACCGCAAGAUGGUUAUCAAUGCGUUGAAUUCCGAUGUGUGGACGUAUAUGGCGGAUUUUGAAGAUUCGAGCUCGCCAACAUGGGAGAACAUGAUCAGUGGCCAGAUUAACCUCUACGACGCGAUCCGCCGACAGGUCGACUGCAAGAUCGGCGGAAAGGAUUACAAGCUGCGAACCGACCGGCCAUUGCCGACUCUUAUCGUCCGUCCCCGAGGAUGGCACCUUGAAGAGAAGCAUUUCGUAGUCGACGGUACGCCCAUCUCGGGUGGUCUCUUCGAUUUCGGUCUGUACUUCUUCCAUAAUGCGAAGAAGCUUAUCGAAAACGGCCACGGACCGUACUUCUACCUGCCCAAGAUGGAGAGCCACCUCGAGGCUCGCCUCUGGAACGAUGUGUUCAACCUGGCUCAGGACACUCUCGGAGUCCGCAGGGGAACCAUCCGUGGAACUGUGCUUAUCGAGACCAUCAUGGCCGCCUUCGAGAUGGACGAGAUCAUCUACGAGCUCCGCCAACACAGCUCCGGGCUGAACUGCGGGCGCUGGGACUACAUCUUCAGCGUGAUCAAGAAGUUCCGCAACAACCCGCAGUUUGUCCUGCCCGACCGCAGCUGCGUGACCAUGACCGUGCCGUUUAUGGACGCCUACGUCAAGCUCCUCAUCAAGACCUGCCACAAGCGCGGCGUCCACGCCAUGGGCGGAAUGGCCGCACAGAUCCCUAUCAAGAACGACGAGGAGGCCAACAAGAAGGCCAUGGAGGGUGUGUACGCCGACAAGCUCCGGGAAGUCCGCGCCGGUCACGACGGAACCUGGGUCGCGCACCCCGCGCUCGCCAAGAUCGCCUCCGACGUCUUCAACCAGCACAUGCCGACGCCCAAUCAGAUCUUCAAGCGCCGCGAGGAGCUGCAGGUCGCCGGCUCGGACCUGCUGAACAUGAACAUGCCCGGCGCCGUGACCGAGGAGGGCAUCCGCAAGAACCUCGUCAUCGGCCUGUGCUACAUGGAGUCGUGGGUGCGCGCCGUCGGCUGCGUCCCCAUCAACUACCUGAUGGAGGAUGCGGCCACCGCUGAAGUGUCCCGCUCGCAGCUCUGGCAAUGGGCGAAGCACAACACCGUCACCGCGGAGGGAACGAAGGUGACGAAGGAGUACAACCUGCAGGUGCUGAAGGAGGUGACCGAGGACCUGGCGUCCAAGGCGCCCAAGGGCAACCGGUUCUCGACCGCGGCGGGAUACUUUGCCGCGCAGAUCACCGGCGAGGACUAUGCGGAUUUCCUCACCACGCUGCUGUACAAUGAGAUUACAACUGUGGGCGGGACCGCGGCGAAGUUGUAG